AUUACUCAUUUCUUAAAAUCUGUUCCUCGUUAAAAGGCACACAUGGGACGGAGGGAUUAGUAUUAUAUAAGUAUCAUUUACUUUACUAAAGUACAGACCUUAAAUAGGAAGCAUUAUUUAUUAUGACUUGAGCAGAUGGUAGCGUGUUAAUUCUGACCUUUACGCGGAAUCGCAUCUGAUAAAUAGAAGAAGAAGAGAUAUUCGUUGAGCACAAUUCACUUUCAUUCACUCCAAUUGUCGAAGAAGAAUGGAUCUGAUUGACAAGGCGAAGAAUUUUGUAUCAGAGAAGGUUGCAAACAUGGAGAAACCAGAGGCAACCAUCACUGACGUUGAUCUGAAGAGGAUCGGUUUCGAUGGAGUCUCUUUUCACGCUAAAGUCUCCGUUAAGAAUCCUUACUCUGUUCCUAUUCCAAUCAUGGAAAUCGAUUACGUCCUCAAAAGCGCCUCCAGGGUAAUAGCAUCAGGAAGAAUUCCAGACCCAGGGAACCUCAAGGCAAAUGACUCGACCAUGUUAGAUGUGCCAGUAAAGGUUCCUCACAGUGUGCUAAUUAGUUUGGCUAGGGACAUUGGUGGAGAUUGGGACGUCGACUAUACACUGGAAUUGGGUCUCAUCAUUGAUCUUCCAGUCAUUGGCAACAUCACCAUUCCCCUCUCUUAUAGCGGUGAGUAUAAGCUUCCUACUUUGUCCGACUUAUGGAAGGGAGGGAAAGAAGAGGAGAAAAAGAAAGAAGAAGAGGAAGAGAAAGAAGAUCCAUCAAAGGUUGUAGAGAUAUGAAAUGCCAUAACUAUCUAAUAAUAUGGCUUCUAUGUGCCUAAUUUCUCUUCUAUUGUUUUAAUAACAUAAAGUUUGUUGUACCUUGUAGCAUUUGAACGCUACCAAAAUUGACAACUUUAUGCAACUCUAUCUUACAUGA